CAGGUAGAGGGCGAUUAGUAUAAUACAACAUGUCGUACCUACAAACCGCGAUAAGAACUCAUAGGCAAAGAGUUUGUAGUUUAUAUAAACAAGCGUUAAGAACUGCCGAUGAUUGGUCUCAUGAUAAACCAUCAUUUCGUCUUGCAUCUGCUAUGAUAAGACAGCGAUUUGAAGAAAGCAAAAAUGAAACUGAUGUUAGGAAGGCUAAACAAUUACUUGAAGCAGGUGAAGAAGAAGUAUUUCGAGCUCAACAUUAUCAACCUUAUCAAUAUGCUAAUUCUCCUGGAGGUGUAGCACAUGGACGAGAGGUGCCUUCUCCUGACUGGGUUAUAGAUUUCUGGCAUCCAUUAGAAAAGGCUCAAUAUCCAGAAUAUUUUGCUCGAAGAGAACAGAGAAAAAAAGAAUAUGUAGAAAGAUGGGAAAAACAAUUUGGUAAACCAGAUAAAGCAGAUUAUCAUUAAAAAUUAUAAAUUAAUAAUAAAUUUGAAUACAAAAUAAUUAACACAUAUUCUUUAUGAAUUUAGAAAUGGAAAGUUUAAAUUCAUUUUAA